AUGGUGAGCGACUACGGUGAAUUUUGCAGGGACAUGAGAGAGCGCAAAAAGCGGCAAAGAGAGGAGAAUCCACCUCCACCCCGCCGCUCUCAUGAUUGGAUCAUCGUCAUGGGAACCUGCCACUACGCCAAGAACCGCUCGUCCUUCAGAACAUAUGAGAGAGUCGGCAAACGAUACUACAACGAAGCCGACCCGUCAGGGCCAGGUACGUACGUCGCAGGAAUCGGAACUGUGUUCUUAAAACUUCGAUCGAGUCUGGAAAAGAACGCGCCAUCUCAUGAGGUUAGACUGGACAAUGUCUUGCAUAUCCCAGAUGCUCUCUGCAACGGCUUCAACUACCCCACGUACCUGAAGAAGACUGGAAGGCCCGGUGGAGGAUUCAUGGACUGUGGAUUUGACCAGAAUGGCGACCCUCUUUGGUGCUCGAGGAAGUUUCGUGGGAUGUUCCGGUUGGUCCUAGCGGGGAAUCCGCAGGGCGAAUCGUACCUGCCUGAGGGAGGAUCUUUCUCAGUUAGUAUGCACUUGCCGCUCGAUGAUAUCAUCCAAGAGGUGGAGACUCGAAAACGCAACGAGCAGUACGGCAAUGCGGAUGUGUCGGAGGAUGAGAAUUGGGAUGGAUCCGAAGGGUCGUCAGUGCAGAAAAAGGUCAUCUACGCGAUGGGGCCAAUUGUACCCGUUGGAACAUUAUUUCAGCGAUGA